AUGCCACCGACUGAGCAGACUCCCCUGAUUACAACUGUCAUCGUCACUCCUCCCCGCCCACGUUAUUCGCAUAGCUAUGUUCGUCGCUUCUGCACCGCUGCACUGAGUCUUACACUUGUCGUUAUUAUCAUUCUAUUUCUCGUUCCUGGUCGCUGGCUACCGGGUAAUCCAUCGGAGAGUGAGUGGUUUCCGUGGCGGCACAGCGGGGUGUGGCCGACCAAGUAUGGUCUGAGCUACAAUGGGUUGCAAAAGAUAAUGCUUGAGACGCCGAACAGGGAGAAUAUAAGAGCCUCGAGUAAACACUACUCGUCGGGGCCACAUCUAGCAGGGAGAAACUACAGCCUUGCUUUGUGGACUAGCGAGCUAUGGCAAAGCUAUGGUCUUGAGAGCACUAUCGUGGAUUACGACGUAUAUUUGAACUAUCCUUUAACGCACUCGUUGGCAUUGUUAGAGUCCAUAGAGGGCUCAACCAACGACAAGCCUGGGAGUCUGAGCGUCAAGUAUCAAUUCAGUCUCGAAGAGGAUCAAUUGGAAGAAGAUCCAACCAGCCGACUCGACACAAGCGUACCGACCUUUCAUGGCUAUGGCGCAAACGGCAACGUGACUGGCCGCUAUGUAUUUGCUAAUUACGGCACAAUUAAAGACUACGAUGAUCUCCUCAAACUAAAUGUCAAUCUUGACGGGCUAAUUGCAGUCGUCAAGUAUGGGAAGAUAUUCAGGGGCUUAAAAGUGAAGCGUGCGCAAGAGCUUGGAAUGAUUGGUGUCAUCAUAUAUUCCGAUCCCGGAGAUGAUGGCGAUGUCCUCGAACAAAACGGGUUCGAUCCGUACCCAGCAGGACCAGCAAGGCAGCCAAGCAGCGUUCAGCGCGGUAGUGUACAGUAUAUCAAGGUAGACAUCGUCAGCGGAGAUCCGACUACUCCAGGCUAUCCUUCGAAGCCUGGUGUGCCUCGGCAAGAUCCUCACUAUGGUACUCCCACCAUCCCUUCUCAGCCUAUCUCCUAUCAGGAAGCGAUUCCAAUAUUAAAAUCCUUGAAUGGUCAUGGCCCCAAAGCGUCCGAAAUCAACCAAGAUUGGGAUGGAGGGAAGCUUGGCUAUAAAGGUGUAGAAUACAACAUUGGUCCCUCUCUACCCGGUUUGCAACUCAAUCUAGCAGUUCAAAAUGAGUUUGUCACAACUCCUCUCUGGGAUGUGAUUGGCGUCAUUAAUGGUACACUGCAAGAUGAGGUUGUUAUCAUCGGUAAUCACCGAGAUGCUUGGAUCGCAGGAGGCGCUGGUGAUCCUAACAGUGGCUCUGCGGUGUUAAAUGAAGUGAUACGCAGCUUUAGUGUUGCUCUGGAGCAUGGAUGGAAGCCGCUUCGGACCAUCGUCUUUGCCAGCUGGGAUGGCGAAGAAUACUCGCUGAUAGGAUCCACUGAAUGGGUCGAAGAACAUAUGCCGUGGCUGAAGAAAGCUGCUGUUGCUUACAUCAACGUUGAUGUGGCCUGCACUGGCCCUGGUUUUCGAACACAGGCUUCUCCACUAUUGCACAAGGCUUUGUAUGAGGCGACGUCCAUUGUGCAGUCUCCAAAUCAAACUAUUCAAGGACAGACAGUUCGUGAUGUAUGGAAUGGCCAUAUCUCUCCAAUGGGUUCAGGGAGUGAUUUCACCGCUUUUCAGGAUUUUGCGGGCAUCCCGGCAUUGGACAUGGCAUUCACUCCUAUCCUUGGGAGCGCUAUAUAUCAUUAUCAUAGCAACUAUGAUAGUUUCUACUGGAUGGAAAACUUUGGAGACAGCGGAUGGCAUUAUCAUGCUACUAUGGCGAAAAUAUGGGGAGUCCUUACUGCAUCUUUGGUGCAGAAUCCUAUCAUUGGCUUCAACGUUACAAAUUACGCUGAAAGCCUGCAAACAUACCUGGAGCUCGUAAGAACUAAUGCAAGCGCUUCAGUAGACCCAAGCAUUCGCUCUACCGCAUUCCCAGCGAUUGAAGAAGCAAUCGAGCAUCUACAUGAAGCAGCUUCAGCAUUUGAUACCGAGGCCCAUGGUUUAUCGACCCGAGCAGCAGCAGGUCUGCCGUGGUGGAGGGUGUGGAGAAAAGCACGGCUGCGCCGAGAAAUAAAAGAAGUAAACACGCAAUAUCAGUACUUUGAGCGGAAGUUCUUGUAUGAGAAAGGACUCGAUAGCCGGCCGCUUUUCAAACAUGUGGUUUUCGCACCAGGAUUAUGGACGGGUUACGCCGGUGCAACGUUCCCUGGAUUGAUAGAGGCUGUCGAUUUUGGAGAUAAAGAUGAUGUUGACGUGAGUCACCCUCCGUUAGUUCUACCAGUUGUGAUACUAAUGAAAUUUUCGUAG